AAGGAGGAAACGAGAGGAUGCGAGGAGUAUGCAAUUGAGAUUCUCCCCGUGUCAAACUCAGCCAGUGGUCAAGCCCUAUGAUGCAUCCUCCUCCUUCUCUUGAUAAAAAAACUUUAAACCCCGCACUCCACAAGUGAAGUCAUCACGCCCUCUUACUACCUGCCUUCCGACGCUGCUUCACUCGCCUUCCUCUUUGGAACAAAAAGGAUAUAACCGCUCUUUAAAAUCUGCUAAAGGUAUGUAUCUAGCUACGGCCGGUGUUUGCUUUGAAUUUUCAUACAUUUUCUCUUCUGUCAUGUGACGCACUUACUCAUCACUUUGCUGUAUGCUAUGAAAUGCACGUAGGCCUACACACUUUUUGGAUACAUUCUGUAGCUUGCAACAGCCUAAAUAAUGUUAUUGAUGUGCAUACAUGGUUUGGGAUUUAUUGACAUUUGGAAUAGUCGAUGUGGGCUAUUGCAAAACCUUUUUAGAUCGACUUUACGGCUGAAUAAAUAAAUAAUACAUUUAAUUUAGCAGACGCUCUUAUCCAGAGCGACUUACAGUUAGUGAGUGCAUACAUUUUUUUUAUACAGAAAUGUCUAUUGCCGCGUUUGUAGGCUGUCUAGUCCUAUGCUACACAAAGCCUAAUGGCAUGCUGUGUUUUUGCGAGGUAGCCUAGCUCCCUAGAACAACCUAGUCGAUCGGUUCUCGCAAAAGUGAAAGGGGUGGAUGUCGCUCACUUUACAGGAAACGGACAUCUUUUCCUCGUUGAGCUUCGUGAGCGACUCGGUUUUGAACAUGACAAAGUUCUCGUGUUACGGAAUGUGUCAUUUGUAUACGUGGUUAAUGAUUGACUACUUUAAUAUUAGCUUGAACUGUGCAGUGUUAAUGGAAUGUGACAAACGAGGUGGAGGUUAUAGAUUUUCUGCCAUCUUGCAGCGGACUAGUACAAACAAGCAUCCGGCGGUCAAGGACGAUGGAAGGACAAUUGCGUCAAUAUGAUUACUAAAGUGUAUUAAACAUUGGCCUGUAAGGACAUAGCUACGUUUUUAUACGGAAUUAUAAUUUACCUAUUGUGAAGUCAGUUAUCGCAUGGCCGACAUCUUGAGGCUUCAAUAUUUUUUUAUAUGAUCAAGCCUAUUAGUAUUAAUAGGCCUCUAUAGGGUGACUCCAGGCCAGCAAGGCCCGAAUAUAUUUUUGGUAUCUCAGAUUGUUCUGGCAAUCAUCACACAGACACUUAAUUGGGACGAAGUAUGUUUGAUAUCCUUUUCACAUUUGUAUCCUAAACCAUUUUUGAGAAGAUCAUGAUGAAAGUGGCAAUUUUAAGCCCUUUUUAGACUACAUGCCUUCUAUGAACCGUACACGAUACAGACAACAUCUUGGUGUUAUCCAUUUUAGUCAUUUAGAAAACUCUCUUAUCCAGAGCGACUUGCAGUAAGUAGUGACUGCAUACAUUUUUCGUAGCUAGAGGUCCCCCGUGGGAAUCAAACCCACAACCCUGGCGUUCCAAGCGCGCGCCAUGCUCUACCAACUGAGGCACACUGGACCCAUUAUAAAGAGUCCUUAGUGUGUUCUAAAUAUGGAUGUCUAGAUUCUGAAAUACAUUUUUCACAUUAAUAUUUUUAAUGUUGAAUAAAUUGUGUAUCUCAAGUACCCUUUUUGAUUUUGUUCAUAUUAACACAUAUUGUUUUAAACAAUAUACUCUACAAGUACAUCACAUUUCCAGAGUGCAUGCCCUGUAACCUUUUAAAUUAUGAUAAAUGUCAUGAGCACCACCAACACAGGGAAUGGGAAAAUUGAUUUAAAGGGAACUCCCUCUGUUGGCGGUUUGCUGAAUGUGCAAUCCUGAAGGAGGGCUGGGAUUGGUUAAAGGGGAAGUUUACUUUAUUUAAACCAAAUCUCUCUUUUUGUUGUAAAAUGGCAUGUUUAUAGACUUAUUUUUUAGGGGAAGAUCAGCUUGCAGAUUGUGGCUUCUAGCAAUGUAAUUGUCUGCAUGAUUUCAUAUAUAUAUAUAUGUGUGUGUGUGUGUGUGUGUGUGUGUGUGUGUGAAUCCCCAAACCAUCACACUACCACCACCAUGCUUGACCGUUGGUAUAAGGUUCUUACUGUGGAAUGCAGUGUUUGGUUUUGGUUUUCGCCAGUCAUGAUGGGACCCAUCUCUUCCAAAAGGUUGACUCAAGUUUGCCAAAAAGCACCUGGAUGAUCAUCAAGACUCUUGGAAGAAUGUUCUAUGAACAGAUGAGUCGAAAGUAUAACUUUUUGGACAACAUGGGUCCCAUUGUCUUGCUGGGUCCCAUGAAUUCUACUCCGUAUCAGAGAAUUCUACAAGAGAAUGUCAGGCCAUCCAUCUGUGAGCUGAAGCGCAGCUGGGUCAUGCAGCAAGACAAUGAUCCAAAACACACAAUCAAGUCUACAUGAAAAUGGCUAAAAAGCAACAAAAUUGAAGUUUUGGAAUAGCCUAGUCAAAGUCCAGACCUAAUCCUAAUUGAGAUGUUGUGGCAGGACUUGAAACUAGCAGUUCAUGCUUGAAACCCCCCAAAUGUGGCUGAGUUAAAGCAGUUCUGCAUGGAAGAGUGGGACAAAAUUCCUCCACAGCGACGUGAGAGACUGAUCAACAACUACAGCGUUUGGGUGGAGUCAUUGCAGCUAAAGUUGGCACAACCAGUUAUUGAGUGUAAGGGGGAAAUUACUUUUUCACACAGGGGCAUUGGGUGUUGCUUAUGAAAUAAGUAUGUCAUUGUUAUUUGUUAAUUCGGGUUCCCUUUAUCUAAUAUUAGGUUUUGGUUGAAGAUCUGAUAACAUUCAGUAUCAAAAAUAUGCAAAAGUAGUGGAAAUUAGAAAGGGGGCAAAUACUUUAUCACAGCACUGUACAUUAUUGUGUGUUGCUGUAUUUCUGAUACCUUCAGACUUCUUCUGGUAGAUGUGUUUUAUCACCCCUUUCCAUUUGUUUAUCCAGAAAUCAAAGCCUUUACUUAUGCCUAAUUUUUAAGAUGGAAAAUGGUUGAAAAUGUAUCUGUUUUCAUUUCCCCAAAAUAUAGACUCCUAUCUUUCAUUUGACACCCAAUUUGAUAUGCUCCUAUGAACUUCACAUGUUGGUGCUCAUGGGUCCUUUUUGAUGGAAAUGCUCAUUGUUCCAAAAAAUUUCUAAGCAAAAUCAAAACGUUUUUUUUUUUUUAUGUCUGAAUCUAGAAAAAUCCAUAUUUAAGAGCACACUAUGGAGUAUAAUGUCUGUAUGUGCGGUUCAUGGAUCAUAGGGUCUUACAAGAGGCAUGUAUGGGCCUAAAAUGGCAACUCUCAUUAUGAUUUUCAAAAAAAUGGCUUGUGAUAAAUGUUGAAAGCAUAUCAAACAUCCUUCCUCCCAAUGAAUUUUCUAUGUGAGAAUUGCCAGAACAAUCUGAUACCAAUUUUUCUUCGGGCCUUCCUGGUGUAGAAUCGCCCUAUAGAGGUCUAAUAUAAGCUACUAGAACAUCACAUUUGAAAUGCUAUGUUAUAGCUACGCUGAACAAAAAUAUAAACGCAACGUGAAGUGUUGGUCCCGUCUUUCAUGAGCUGAAAUAAAAGAUCCCAGAAAUGUUCCAUAGGCACAAAAGCUUAUUUCUCUAAAAUGUUGUGCACAAAUGUUUACAUCCCUGUUAGUGAGCAUUUCUCCUUUGCCAAGAUAAUCCAUCCACCUGACAAAUGUGGCAUAUCAAGAAGCUGAUUAAACAGCAUGAUCAUUACACAGGAGAAUCUUGUGCUGGGGACAAAUGUCCACUCUAAAAUGUGCAGUUUUGUCACACAACACAAUGUGACAGAUGUUUUGAGGGAGCGUGCAAUUGGCAUGCUGACUGCAGGAAUGUCUGCCAGAGCUGUUGCCAGAGAAUUGAAUGUUAAUUUCUCUACCAUAAGCCGCCUCCAACGUCGUUUGAGAGAAUUUGGCAGUACAUCCAACCAGCCUCACAGCUGCAGUAUGGCGACGAGCGGUUUGCUGUUGUGAACAGAGUGCAAUCAUGGUGGGGUUAUGGUAUGGGCAGGCAUAAGCUACGGACAACCAACACAAUUGCGUUUUAUCGAUGGCAAUUUGAAUUCACAGAAAUACUGUGACAAGCUCCUGAGGCCCAUUGUGAGGUCCUUUUUAAAAUGUAUUUAUAUUUAUUUAAUGUAUCUGUGACCAACCGAUGCAUAUCUGUUUUUCCCAGUAAUGUGAAAUCCAUAGAUUAGUGCCUAUUAAUUUAUUUCAAUUGACUGAUUUCCUCAUAUGAACUGUAUCUCAGUAAAAUCGUUAAUUUUUUGCAUGUUGCGUUUAUAUUUUUGUUCAGUAUACAUAACAAUGAUGUGUCUUGGGAUUGCCCCUUCAGUCCACAGUGAAUAGGCAUCCUCUCUGACCCCAGCCAUAGGGCCAUUAUCCACCCAUUUGUCUAGUAUUUUGUUAGCCAAUUUCUAUAGGAUUGUUCUGUGAUUGACUGACGAGGUGAACACAUUGUGCCAGGCAAGCAGUCCUCAGGGGCAAACCUCUGUUUCCCUCUCGCCGUGUCUAGACUUGACAGUUCAUGCAGCUUUAGUAUUCUGAUCAUAGAGUACUGAUUAUGGAAUUCCGAACGCAUUAUGCGUCUACGCCUACAUUUAAAUGUGUCCACAGUGUGUCCGGAUUGGCUUUUCCCACGCUAUAUAAAGUUCCAGAGUGGGAUCUCUGCUACUUUUAGAGUUAUGAUCCAAUUUGUAAGCAUUACGGAAAGUAUUCAGACCCCUUGACUUUUUCCACAUUUUGUUACGUGACAGCCUUGUUCUAAAAUGGAUUAAAUGUUUUUUUUUCACUCAAUCUACACACAGUACCCCAUAAUGACAAAGCAAAAACAGGUUUUUAGAAAUGUUGCUAAUUUUAUAAAAAAAUUAACUGAUAUGACAUUUACAUAAGUAUUCAGACCCUUUACUCAGUACUUUGUUGAAAUACCUUUGGCAGUGAUUACAGCCUUGAGUCUUCUUGGGUAUGAUGCUACAAGCUUGGCACACCUGUAUUUGGGGAGUUUCUCCCAUUCUUCUCUGAAGAUCCUCUCAAGCUCUGUCAGGUUGGAUGGGGAGCGUUGCUGCACAGCUAUUUUCAGGUCUCUCCAGAGAUGUUAGAUCGGGUUCAAGUCCGGGCUCUGGCUGGGCCACUCAAGGACAUUCAGAGACUUGUCCCAAAGCCACUCCUGUGUUGUCUUGGCUGUGUGCUUAGGGUUGUUGUCCUGUUGGAAGGUGAACCUUCGCCCCAGUCUAAGGUCCUGAGCUCUCUGGAGCAGGUUUUCAUCAAGGAUCUCUUUACUUUGCUCCGUUCAUCUUUCCCUCGAUCCUGACUAGUCUCCCAGUCCCUGCUGCUGAAAAUCAUCCCCACAGCAUGAUGCUGCAACCACCAUGCUUCACCGUAGGGAUGGUGCCAGGUUUCUUCCAAACGUGACGCUUGGCAUUCAGGCCAAAGAGUUCAAUCUUGUUUCAUCAGUCCAGAGAAUCUUGUUUCUCAUGGUCUGAGUCCUUUAGGUGCCUUUUGGCGAACUCCCUGACCAAGGCUCUUCUCCCCCGAUUGCUCACUUUGGCAUGGCGGCCAGCUCUAGGAAGAGUGGGUGGUUCCAAACUCCUUCCAUUUUAAGAAUGAAUGAGGCCACUGUGUUCUUCGGGACCUUCAAUACCACAGAAAUGUUUUGGUACCCUUCCCCAGAUCUGUGCCUCGACACAAUCCUGUCUCGGAGCUCUACGGACAAUUUAUUCAACCUCAUGGCUUGGUUUUUGCUCUGACAUGCACCGUCAACCGUGAGACCUUAUAUAGACAGGUGUGUGUGCCUUUCCAAAUCAUGUCCAAUCAAUUGAAUUUACCACAGGUGGACUCCAAUCAAGUUGUAGAAACAUCUCAAGGGUGAUCAAUGGAAACAGGAUGCACCUGAGCUCAAUUUUGAGUGUCAUAGCAAACGGUCUGAAUACUUAUGUAAAUUUAUUUCUGUUUCUUAUUUUUUUUAAAGAUUUGCACAAAUUUCUAAACCAGUUUUUGCUUUGUCAUUAUGGGGUAUUGUGUGUAGAUUGAGUUUUGUUUUAAAGGUAAUCCAUUUUAGAAUAAGGCUGUAACAAAAUGUGGAAAAAGUCAAGGGGUCUGAAUACUUUCUGAAGGCACUGCACGUUGACCAAUAAUGGUUUGAAGGAAUGCCAGUUUGCUAGUCUUAAAUUGGGCUACAGUAUAUCAAGCUAUAUACACUAACUGCACUAGAGUAGCUCAAGAAAAUAGCAGGACAUUUUAGAAAAGUGACAUGUAACCCACUAUAUACUAUGCAAAAUGGUUUCCAAAAGGUUAGGAAAUGUGUGUCAGAACAAGACCUGGAUAGGGUUUUUCCUGACCCUUGGCCUCAGACACUAGGAUCAGACCUAGGUUCAAAUACUAUUUAGUGUAGGCUAUUUCAAUUACUACAAAAUGUGUAUUUGGAUAUGUUUUCUUUGAAAAUAGGCUACAAGAAGUUGAAUAUUGGAAUACAUUUUCAAAUAUUUAAAUACUCCAUGCAUUUGAACCCAGGUCUGUUUGGUCCUUGGGGUAUUUUAAAUAAUGUAUUUGGAAAUUAGUAGUUUAGGCUGUUUUUAUAGGAAGUUAUUUAAAAAUACUUUAAGAUAUUUCAAAAGUAGCUGAUUUGGCCACAUUCUUUAAAAAUACUUACAUUUAUUUGAACUCAAGUCUGACUAGGAUAUUGGUUUUGAGUCAGUCUGGAGUAAAUCAAUUAAAUACAGUAGUGUUUGUUUGAUUGGCUUAAGAAAUAGAUUCCUUGGGUUGGAUUCCCAGACACAGAUUAAGCCUAUGCCUGGACUAAAGAGUGUGCUCAAUGGUGAAUGUCAAUUUGCUUGCUUUUCACAGCAGUUUUCAGUUGACGAACCUUGAUUGAUAACUAGACUAAAGGUUAAACGCUAUCUCCUUCCUUCCCUCCCUCCCUCCAGCGUCGUGGAUCAUGUCGUCUGUGAUGCAGAAGUUGAUCACCCCCAUGGCCAGCGGCCCCGCUGAGCCCCCUAGGAACAAGGUGACCGUGGUGGGGGUGGGCAUGGUGGGCAUGGCCUGUGCCGUCAGUGUCCUCCUCAGGGUAAGUCUGACUAUCACUGCUACUUUACAACUGCAUUACUACUCUUACUAUUGCGUUAUAAGUACUUUACAAGUACAUUAGUACGAGUUUACUAUGAGUUUACCUCUGAAUUACUACUACUAUUGUGAUACCAACAAAUAGUUACUACUCAGUUAUUAUGUAGACUAGUUGUAAUUGUGGAUUUUACCAUGUCAUUUCUAAGUAAAUACCAGGUAUUCAUGACCAAACUAUCCUUCCUCUCCUUCUGGCCCUUCUCCUCCUCUCCACCCCUACCUUCUCCCUCCCCCUCCUCCUUCCUGUAGGACUUGGCUGAUGAGCUAGCUCUGGUUGAUGUGAUGGAGGAUAAGCUGAAGGGAGAGAUGAUGGACCUGCAGCACGGCAGCCUCUUCCUCAAGACAUCUAAGAUAGUCGCCGACAAAGGUAAGAGAAUCCCCUUUUUGUGUAUGCCACUGGAGUGGCUCAGAGUCAAAAUGGCAGAAUAUGUAUGUAUUUUGCCAUUGAAAGUCUAAUGCAGCCUUUUUUUUAAACAAGUCCUUGCCAGUUUAAGGUUGAUUGCCAUUCAUUGAUUGCCAUUUUGACAUUUUUUUUCCUGCUAAAUGUGAAAUUUCAAAAUGUAUUCUUAAUUCAAUUCCUCUUUCCCCAUCUCUGUCCAGACUAUGCCGUGACGGCUAACUCCCGCAUCGUGGUUGUGACCGCUGGCGUGCGUCAGCAGGAGGGAGAGAGCAGGCUCAACCUGGUCCAGAGGAACGUCAACAUCUUCAAACACAUCAUCCCCCAGAUCGUCAAACACUCCCCCAACUGCACCCUUAUCGUGGUGUCCAACCCAGGUACACAAACACACACACACACAGACAAUUUAAAUCUUGGACACAAGCUAAGUUGUUUCCAUCAUUAUCCCCUAGAUUGUGUUUUCCAACUCAGUCCCAACAUUCCACCCUUAUCAACUACUACAGUAUCACACCACUCCACAUUACAAGAUGAAAGAGAGAGAGAGAGGGCACUGUGAUGAGUGGGUGGCAGGGAUGGGCAGUCAUUUGUUAACGUCAAGGAUAAGUGUGUAUUAAUCCGUGUGUGUUUGUGACCCCUAUCCCUAACUCUAUCCCCAUCUCUCCCUACCCCUAGUGGACGUGCUGACCUAUGUGACAUGGAAGUUGAGCGGCCUGCCUAAACACCGUGUCAUCGGCAGCGGCACCAACUUGGACUCCGCCCGCUUCCGUUUCCUGAUGGCUGAGCGCCUGGGCAUCCAUGCCACCAGCUUCAAUGGAUGGGUGCUGGGAGAACACGGCGAUACCAGCGGUGAGUAGUGGUGAUGAGUGGUGAUUGGUCCUGGUAGAGCACAGAGACACCAGCAGUGGGGAUGAUGGUGAUAAGAAUGGUGAUGUCAGUUGAGUGCGUACUUUAGUGGGAAUCUGAGUGCAUGUGUGAACGUCUUGUCACACCCAGUAAGCCACAAGGUUGUUGGCAGCUUUUAACGGCUUUUUAAAACAAAAGUACUUGUUUUGGCAUUUUUACGUCACUCUGCACAUCCAGUUAUCUGGCAGAAAUAAUUAGUUAUGAAUGAGUUGAGUCUGCUUGUGUUUAAAUGGGAAAUUCAAAUAUAUUUUCUAGGUAAAUGAAUGAAUAAAUAAAUAUCUGUGUGUUAGUCCCUGUGUGGAGCGGUGUCAAUGUGGCUGGAGUCAACCUGCAGAAGCUGAACCCAGAGUUUGGCCUUGACGGAGACAAGGAGGACUGGAAGGCCACCCACAAGGAAGUGGUCGACAGGUAAAUACCCUAAACCUAUCCCUAGCUCCGUCCACAGUCUAAAUAUGCGCCUCUGACUCAACCUCACCCUGGUAGUAAAGCUGGAGUUUACACCAUAUUGCGCACCACCGUCUGAUUCAUUCAUAUCUACUGGAGUUGUCAAGGUGUAAGGGCUAAAAUAAGGAUGAUAUCAGGCUGGUCUAAUUUUUGGUAUCAUUAAUAUAUCUAGUUCUACUGACAUUGUAUACUAGAAUAAAUAUCAAAGCUCGCACUCCCUUCCAUUUUGGAUUUUGAAUUAACCUUUUAUUUGAGUUAAUGUUCAUGCAGCUUCCUCUCAUUGAGAGAGACCUGUUCAAGUCGGACGUAGAUGUUGACUGACGGUGAUUGUUUUGUUUUGGGUGCUCCUCCAGUGCCUAUGAGGUGAUCAAGCUGAAGGGGUAUACCAACUGGGCCAUCGGCCUGAGUGUGGCUGACCUCACUGAGAGCAUCAUCAAGAACAUGAGCAGGAUCCACCCUGUCUCCACCAUGGUCAAGGUGAGGGGAUUACACCCACAGACACAUGUGUGCAGACACACACACAGUUACACACACAUUAUGCGCAUGUAAACCCACACAGAGCGAAUCAAACGCACACAUUUCUAUGCGAUAAUGACUGACGGCUGUGUUUUUGUUUCCCCAGGACAUGUAUGGUAUUGGUGAGGAGGUGUUCCUGUCCCUGCCAUGCGUGCUGAACAGCAACGGAGUGGGCAGCGUGAUCAACAUGACCCUGACCGACGCGGAGGUGGGCCAGCUGAAGAAAAGUGCAGACACACUCUGGGGCAUCCAGAAGGACCUCAAGGACAUC